AUGUCAAGUGAAUUAGAAGGUGUCGAAUCAGGUGAACCAAGCUAUUUCUAUGGUUUCAAUACUGCUGAAAUAAAGUCUCAUCAUGUUUUAAUAUUUGCAUUAAUCGUAGCGGCUGGUUUGUUGUUUCAUUUUAGACAUAAGAUUGCUGAAGCACACGAUAGAUAUCGAACUCGACAAAGGGCCAGAAAUGGGUUCUAUGAUAGAUUGAAUCCAUUUGAACAAGAAAUAGCUGAUGGAUUGAGCAGUAGUAAUUUUGAUCUAGAAGCUAAUGUGAACAGUGGAGAUCAAAGAAAAGGAUUACUGACUGAAGCAAAGGCAGAAAUCAAAACUAUUAUGGAUAAUCAGGGAAUAUCAUUUGAUGAAGCUAGACUCCAAUAUACAAGAAGUCAAUUGAAUGAAAAUAACAUCGAUAGUAAUGGUAUGCCCAAAGAUCCAAAAUUAGUUACUUUUUAG